AUAAGGAAAUAACUAGAAUGACUGUUUUGAAAAGGACAGAGGAAAAACCCCUUAAAUAAAGAACCAUCUGUGCCAUGCGGAAAUUGUAUUCAAAUGUAACAGCUCAAAACUGCUGAGAUCAAAAGUUCCAAACGUAGCCUAAUUAAUAUUCAUGAAUCCAACCUGUUUGUACGGCGCACGAAGCUAUUAAUAUUCAUUAGGCACGACUUUAUACGGUCUGCUAUUGGCCUUCUUACUGAUAGGCUACUGCACCGCCAUUGAGCAACUUCGGGAAAUCGUCUCACCUUUUCCAUAAACAUUUGUUAUUAUUAGAAACUUUCAAAAACUCAGAUUUACUCGACAUUUCAUUCAGCCUGUAAAGAUCAAGGCAGCUGGAUCGGUGUUUGAGCUUUACUUUCGAUUUGAAGUAAACAGAAGGAGCGUCAGAAUGGAGAUCUGCGGUCUUGUAACUCAGAAUAAAGAAUCAGUGCCUCUGAAGAGCAUCUCGGUGCAGGUUCGGGUUCAGGAUCAUGUAGCCACAGUCUCCUCCACUCUGCAGUAUGUGAAUGAGGAAGAGCGCCCCCUGGAGGCCUUGUUCGUCUUCCCUCUGCCUGCUGAUGCUGCUGUCUGCCACUUCAGUGCCAAGAUCGGAGAGCAGGAGAUUGUGGCAGAGGUGCAGGACAGAGAAAGCGCGAGGGAUCAGUAUGAUGACGCUGUGAGUUCGGGUCGGCAGGCGUUUCUGUUGGAAGAGAGCCCAGAGAGUCCUGAUGUGUUCAGACUGAGUGUGGGAUGUCUGUCGGCGGGUCAGAACGCUGCUGUCACCAUCAUCUACAUCACUGAGCUCGCUGUGCAGGCCGACCACUCGCUGCGCUUCUGUCUGCCAGCUGUACUCAACCCCCGAUACACACCAGCAGGUUCAGGUGCUGGUAUCAUCUCAGAGAUUUCAUCAGGAUGUGGAGCUGUUCCCUACACGCUGACUCUCAGUGUCCAUGUGAGCUCUCCAAAGCCCAUCUCCAAACUAGAGUCCAACUGCUCUCUGGAUCCUCUAGUGUUCCUGCAGUCUGAUCACACUCAGGCCACGGUGAAUCUGAGUCCUGGUCACAUGUUUGAUAAGGACUUUGAGCUGUUUGUGUUCUAUCAGGAUACCCAUCAGCCCUCUGCUAUAGUGGAGGCAGGAGUGACCACUGCCCCACCAGGCUCUCUGAUGAGAGACCCAGUGGUCAUGAUAAGUUUGUACCCAGAGUUCCCAGAGGAAGUGAUGUCAUCACUGGCAACUCGAGACGAGUUUGUUUUUGUGAUUGACAGAUCAGGCAGUAUGGGCAGCAUGAUGCAUUAUGGGAAAGAAGCACAGAUGCGCAUUGAAAGUGCAAAGGACACUCUGCUGUUACUGUUGAAGAGUCUGCCCAUGGGAUGCUACUUCAAUAUCUAUGGAUUUGGCUCUCAUUUUGAGUCCUUCUUCCCUCAGAGUGUCGUGUAUAAGCAGAAAACAAUGGAUCAGGCUCUGAAGAGAGUGAAGGAAAUGAAAGCUGACAUGGAUGGCACUGAGAUUUUACAGCCUUUAAAACACAUCUACAGUCAGCGCUGUCACCCCGAACACCCCAGACAGCUGUUCGUCUUCACAGAUGGAGAGGUGGGAAACACUAAAGAGGUGCUGGACCUUGUGAAAAGUCACGCUCACUCUCACAGGUGUUUCUCGUUCGGGAUUGGUGAGGGUGCGAGUGCCGCCCUCAUCACAGGAAUGGCCAGAGAGGGAUCUGGUCACGCUCAGUUCAUCACAGACACAGACCGCAUGCAGCCCAAAGUGAUGCAGUCGCUCAGGUUUGCGCUGCAGCCCGCUGUGGUUAAUAUCUCUGUUGAUUGGACCCUUCCAGAUGGUCUUACUGUUGACACACUGUCUCCUCCCAUCAAUGUGCUCUUCCAGGGUCAAAGGACACUCAUUUAUGCCCAAGGAGAGAGUUCAGGAGGGUCUGGGGGAACUGUGACAGUCAAAUACAGUCUUAAAGAUCAACCAGUAACAAACCAACUCCACUUCUGCCUCAAACCCACUGAGGAAACUGGGCUGUCCAUCCACCGGCUGGCGGCUCGGACCCUGAUCCGUUCUCUGGAGCAGGAGGAGAGGUCAGGUGCUGCAGAUGUUGAGGGCAUCAGGAGCAGGAUGGUGGAGCUCAGUGUUCAGGCAGGAGUGAGCAGUGUUCAUACAGCCUUCAUUGCUGUUAAUAAAGACAGCAGACAGACUGUGAAAGGACCUCUACAGCAGAGAAGAGUGUCAGCAUACGAUUCUGAUGAAGAUGAUGACAUGUGUUAUGGUCUCCCGCAGAUGGGAAUUCGGAGAUACUUUGCUUGUUUUAAAUAUUCUAAUGAUGAUGUUUAUGAUGACAUUUAUGAUGUCGGUUAUGAUGCACUGGCGGAGGCUGCUCCUGAGCCCCAGAAGGAUCUGUUACUGCAGCUGGUUUCUCUCCAAAAGGCGUCCGGCUGCUGGGAUCUGGACGCCACACUGGCCGAUGUGUUUGGGAAGACGGAGGAUGAGCUGACCAAUCAGAAACCAGCACAGGUGGAUGGGUCAGUAUGGGCCACUCUCCUGGCUCUGAUCUGGUUAUACGGCUGUAAAAUAGAGCAGCAGGUGGAGUGGCAGUUUGUGGCCAUGAAGGCAGCAUCAUGGAUCGGCUCUCAGAAAGUGGGUGAUCUGUCUCAGUGUGUGUGUGUGGGGAAUGUCCUGCUCGGAUGUCAGGUGACCAAAGAGACUCUGGGAAUCUGAAGACGUCUUUGUUUCUACAUCCUGAUCCCACAGAAGACAGAAGAACAGAAACCGUUACAUUUACUGUUACUCUGUUACUUGUCUCUGUAAAAUUUAGUUAAGUAAAAUUUUAUUUUUUUCUAUUCUACACCAAAUUCUUUAUAUGUGACCUUCACUGUUUGAAUUUUAUGUACCAAAAUAAAAAACAUAUAAUAAUGUUUCCAAGAUGUUUGCUGUUUUGAAAUUUAAAGUUAUUUUUUCUAAUGACUUUUCUCCUGGUUUUUGUUUGUCUGUCAGUGAUUUUCUAAAGCUGUUGAUCCUCAAUCACUUAAUCAGGAUACUUUCACACUGCUGUAGAAUCAGAAAUGUUAAAUAUGGUUUUCAAUAUUUAAACGUUUUCCUUGGGAGGAAAACCUUAAUGCAUAAUUGAAUACAUUGCCGUCUUCAGAUUUUGGUAGCCCAAAAUG